UCAGUCAAAUCACUUCAUCUCACUCUCACGACAACAAAGAAUCACCGCAGGUGAAAGUAACCUACUCAGUUUAACUCACCUGGACGGAUAUAUAUGAUGGAUUUGAUCUAAAACAUUUUGUAGGCUAACAGGAGCUGAGAGCAACAGCAGACAGGAUGAGUUGGGGAGCACUUUAUGCCCAGCUGGGAGGGGUCAAUAAACACUCCACCAGCCUGGGAAAGAUCUGGCUGUCUGUCCUCUUCAUCUUCCGCAUUAGCAUCCUUGUAAUAGCCGCCGAAGCGGUCUGGGGGGAUGAGCAGUCCGACUUCACCUGUAACACACAACAGCCAGGCUGCAAAAACGUCUGCUACGACCACUUCUUUCCAGUCUCACACAUCCGUUUCUGGUGCCUGCAGCUCAUCUUUGUGUCUACACCGGCUUUGCUGGUGGCUAUGCAUGUGGCAUAUCACAAACACAAUGUUAAGAAGGGACUUCUGGCCAACCGAGGUGGCGGUGUCAAAGGGGAGGACCUGAAGAGCUUGAAGAAGAGGCGUCUACCCAUCACUGGGGCACUGUGGUGGACCUACACCUCAAGCCUGUUCUUCAGGCUCCUUUUCGAGGCUGGAUUCAUGUACGCUCUGUAUUAUGUCUACGAUGGGUUUCAGAUGGCUCGUCUUGUGAAGUGUGAGCAGUGGCCCUGUCCCAAUAAAGUUGACUGCUUUAUCUCACGACCAACAGAGAAGACAGUCUUCACCAUUUUCAUGGUGGGUUCAUCUUCCAUUUGCAUUGUGCUCAAUGUGGCUGAACUGGCCUACCUGAUUGUCAAAGCACUGCUGAGGUGCUCAGCCAGAGCCAGAGGAAGGCGUUCCUUUGUUCACCAAGAUGAAAUGUCCACAGAAAAGGCGCAGUUACAGAAUGAAAAGAAUGCAAAGUUGCUGUCAUCUGCAUCGGACUCUUCAAGCAAUAAGACUGUGUAAGAUUAUCCCUACACCCCGUGACUAAUUCUAUCAACAGGCUUGUAGAUUACAGUGUUUUUACUUUUCUAAUGCCAUUAGACCAGUGAUUCUCAACUGGUGGGCCUCAGAGCGCUACCUGGUGGGCCGUGUAGGCAGUGAAUCGCCCCAAAUUUAUUUUUAUUUAUUUUUUUAUUGUUCUUAUUAAUUGAAAUGAUCAAAACCACUUAAGUCAAGUCAAGAUGCAUUAUCUUAAAGCUAAUUUAUGUUUAAAUAUUGCAACACCAAUUACGUCACAAUGUCAGAUUGAACGUUUGUUCGAUCAGGUGCAGUUAUAUUACGUUAAUGUAAUAUGGAUUGUUUUCUGAAAAGAAAAGCAGAUUUGGGAGACAGACCCAUGCAAGCAAAAUCUUCAAAGUGUGCCAUUAUUUUCAAAAUAAGUGUUGUACCAGCAGGAGAGCAGUGA